AUGGACUGUUUUUUAACAUACAAUCUUUCGUGUGUCAAUGGUACUUUUGCUCAGUUCAAUUCGUCAUCAAUUAUAUUCGGAGACGUAAUCGAUCCAAAUGUUAUAACAGGUGGCGACAGUUCAAACAACGAUUUAACAGCAUCAACAGAUCAUCCAAUAUCAUCAUCAAUACUUGUGUCUGUACAACAUUGUAUAUUAACAGCAAUUAUUCUUGGUACAAUUAUAUUAGCGACAAUUACUGGAAAUAUACUAGUUAUAGCUGCUGUUAAAAUCGAAAAGAGUCUUCAUUCAGUUGCCUAUUAUCUUUUUGUAUCAUUAGCCGUGGCCGAUUUAAUGGUAGCUUCUAUGGUUAUGCCCAUAGCUGUCCUAAAAGAAGUGACACGUUCAUGGGUACUUGGAUCAUAUGUUUGCGAUGCUUGGGUUAUGAUUGAUUUACUUUGUUGUACGGCUUCUAUAUUGCAUCUUGUUGCCAUUGCACUCGAUCGUUAUUGGGCUAUUACUAAUUAUAAUACAAAUGAUGAAAAACAAUUUGAAAAACAUUUUAAACUAAUUUUAGAAGAAAUUAAAAAUUCAGAUGAUCUUAUUUUAUUUAUUGAUAAUUUACAUUUGAUUUUUGAUAAUAAAAAAACAACAGCUGAAGCUAAACUUCAUUGUAUUGUUGCAAUAACUUUUGAUAAAUACGAAGAACAUAUAAAAAAGGAUCCAGUGUUUAAAAGUCAUUGUGAAGAAGUUUUUAUUGAAGAACCAUCAAUGACUGAUUGUAUUUCAAUUUUAUAUGGUCUUAUAAAUCGUUUUGAAUUAAAUUUUAAUGAUUCAUCCUUAUUUAUGGCUGCACAACUAUCUAAUCAUUAUAUAAGAAAUGGAUUUUUGCCGGCUAAAGCAAUUCAUUUAAUUAAUGAAGCAUGUCAAAAUGUACGAGAUAAUGAACUUCAUGCAAUUAAUCAAUUAGAACGUCAAAUGUUAUUAGAAUUAGACGUUACACCAACAGCAUUAUCACAAGAAAUAGAUGAAACAUCAAAACAAGUUAAUGAACCCAUAAAAUUAAGAAAUAAAACUGAAAAAGAAUAUUUUUAUGAACUUGAAUUAAAUAAAUUAAGAUCUCAAUUAGAAAAACAUCAAUUUGAAAUAACACAAGCUGCACAAGGAACAAAUUUCGGUUUACUUGUUGAAGAAAAUGAAGAACGAAAAGAACGAUUAUUAUUAAUUGGAGUUCUUCGACCAAAUUCUAUUAUGGAAAUAGUUAGUCGAUUAACUGAGAUUUCAAUAUCAAAUUUAAUUACAAUAGAAAAAGAUUGUGUAUUGAAAUUAAAUGAAUAUUUGCAUACAAAAAUUGUUGGACAAGAUGAUGCUAUUGAGAAUGUUGUUAAUGUUUUAAAAAAUCGAACUGAACUUUUAAGACAAAAUCAAUUAAUUGGAUACUUUUUAUUUUUAGGUCCAAUCGGUGUUGGGAAAAGUGAAUUAACAAAAGCAUUAACAUUAUAUUUAUUUCACUCAAUAAAAUCAAUGAUUUAUUUAGAUAUGAGUGACUAUACUGAAUCUAAUACAAUCGAUCAAUUUAUUUGUACAUUAUCGGAUAAAAUGGUUGAUAAAUUAGAAAUCUUACCGAAUGAAAUUCUAAUUUCUAUAUUAUCUUAUUUCUCAUGGGAUGAACUGUUGACAUAUUUUUGGUCGUUAAAUAAACGAUUUAAUUUUCUAAUAUGUUCAAUAAUUUCACUAAACGAAAAUGGUAUCAUUAUUUCUAAACCAGGUUUAUCUUAUAGAAAAGUUUUAUCAAAAUUAUUUCCAUUAAUAUACAAGUCAUCAUCUCUAAGGUCAUCUGUUCGACAUAUUCAUUUGGAUGGAACAAAUUCAAAUUGUUAUAGUCUUAUUUAUCAAUGUUCUUAUAAAAAUCGAAAUAUAAUUCAUUAUCCUAAUCUUAAAUCACUUAUUCUUAAUAGAUUUUGUUUGUCAAAAUUAUUAAUUGAAUACUUAUCUUUACUCAUUCAAUAUCAGUUGGAGAAACUAGUAUUAACUGUAGAUGAAGAUGCCCUUCAAUCAUUAAGAUAUGAACCAAUGCCUUUCAAUGCUCCUAGUAAAGGUAAUUUCUUACUCUUCUAA